AUGAGUGCCGCUGCAGCAUUGGAUCCGCCGAAAAAGGAACCGAAAAAGAGAAAACUGCGGCAGAAACGACAGAAAAACCAGCCGCCCGCCAUCGAAUAUGAAGACCCAGAUUUGAAAGUCGUGGUCAGACUACUACCGCCUUCUCUCAAGGAAGAGGACUUCUUGGCCCAGGCAAAAGCGCUAUGUCCUGCCCUUGGCACGGAAUUGGCCUGGACCCGGUUUUUUUACAUGCGUGGAAGCAGAAACGUCCAGGCGUUUGAAGAACCCAUCUGUUCGCGUGCCUACUUUCUUUUCCCGACUAAGGAGACUGCUGACGAGUUCAAGAGACAGAUUCUGGGCGCAUCGUUUCUAGAGCCCGAAUCGGGGGAUCAUUAUCUGGCGCAAACCAUGAAACCGAUUUUCGGCUCGGUGACACAAGUCGAACCUGCCACUUCGCUUGGUGACAUCAUCAAAGAUCUGCUUUUCAUCAAGUUCAUGGCUCUGUACGCGGCCAAGACGAAGAAUAUCGACUUGUCAGCUUUGCUUUCCGAGAUACGGGAGCAGAAACGCAAGGAAAACAGGAAAAAGAAGGAUUCCAAAGCUUCGUCGAAGAAAAGCUCAAAGCAGAACACGCCAGCCCCUGCAAGUAGGACCGAAGGCACGGGCAAAAACGAAGCAACCGCAGAUAAAAUUGAGGCAACUCUGCAGAAGACGAAAAGAAAACGCAAGCUGAAAAAGGCAAAGAAAACAGCACUGGAAACUACACGGGAGACGAUUACAGUCCCUAACACACAACAGGGCCCAGCAGCCGAACAAAUAGACAAACCUUCAGAGACUGGAAAACCCAAAAAGAAAAAGAAAUCAAGGAGGGAAAGAGAGAGAGCUAAAAAGGCUCAAGAAGGGUCCAAGACUGCUAGCGCUGGUACUGGCGCCGGUUCUGGCCUCGAUGUAAGUGAAGGGAAACGACUGGAACACUCGGAUCCCUCCAACAAGAAACCUCUGGAGGAGAAUGAGAAUACGGGCGAAGAGAAGAAAAAAGCCAAGAAACGCAAUAGGAAAAGAAAGCCGACGAAAGGAUCUGCAGACCUGGCCAAUCCAGCAGCAGACCAAAACGCAGCCUAA